AUGGAAGAGACUCCAGAAGAGGCUGAAGAGGAAUCCUUGGAACCUGAAAGCACAGCAAGGUCCCCAAAUGACAGCCAUACAGAUCCAUAUGACAGCCACGCAGGUCGUCAGGAAGACAACUGGAAGAACCUGGACAAAGAGGAGGCAGAUAACCAGUCUAAUCACAGAACAGCUAACCAGACUGACCGAAGAGAAUCUAGCCAGACUGAACCCCUCAUAUUUGGCCAAGCAGACCACAAAGUAUCUGAAUCCAAUGGGCACAGAACAUCUAAUCAGGCUGACCUCAGAGCAUCCAACCAUGAUAAUGUUGUUGAUCAUAGAACAACUGACCAGAUUGACCAAAGAAUGUCUGAACAGACAGACAGCAAGGAAUCUCACCAAGCUGAUCUUGUAGAAUCUGAAAAGACUGACAAACAUAGGAGGGUUCUGCAUGAACAAAGAACCCCUGAACACAUUGAUCGUAGAUUGUCCAGCCAAGCUGACCAAAGAACUUCUGAACAGAUGGACCGCAGAAUCACAAUGUCCGGCCAGGCUGACCGGAGAGCUUCUGAACAGAUGGACCGCAGAAUGUCCGGCCAGGCUGACCGGAGAGCUUCUGAACAGAUGGACCGCAGAAUGUCCGGCCAGGCUGACCGGAGAGCUUCUGAACAGAUGGACCGCAGAAUGUCCGGCCAGGCUGACCGGAGAGCUUCUGAACAGAUGGACAGCACAAUGUCCGGCCAGGCUGACCGGAGAGCUUCUGAACAGAUGGACCGCAGAAUGUCCGGCCAGGCUGACCGGAGAGCUUCUGAACAGAUGGACCGCAGAAUGUCCGGCCAGGCUGACCGGAGAGCUUCUGAACAGAUGGACAGCACAAUGUCCGGCCAGGCUGACCGGAGAGGUUCUGAACAGACGGACCGCAGAUUGUCUGGUCUGGUUGAACGAAGAACUUCUGAACAGAUUGACCAUAGAUUGUCUGACCAAAUUGGCUAUAACACAUCUGUAAAGACUCACCACAAAGUGCAUGACCAAACUACUGAACUAGCUGAACACCAGGUGGCUGACCAAGCUGACAGCAGUACCCAUCAUCCUACAGUUGAUAAAUAUGACUACAGUAAAUCUGACAAUGUUGAUCACUUAAUGAAUGAAGAUGAUGACAUAGAACACAAACAGUUUCACUAUGGAGAAAGUGACCACCAGUAUGAUGACAGAAUAUUUGCCAUCAAGGAGGACAAAGAUGCUGACUUCAGAGUACAGCCCUGCAAAUUUGAGACUAGCCAGACAGACCUCAGUGAUUCCAAGGUUUCAGAUGUAACUGACACUGAAAGUACAAGCUUUCUGCAAGCAUUUAACUCAUUUGAUACCAGGCUCAUCAGUAACUUCCAAGCAAAAGGCCAAGGUUUUUCCUCAAGAUUCCCCAUCAUCUCAACCCAAUUGGACUAUGUCAUCAGUCAAGACAAAACCCAAGCCGUAGAAACUAAGCCUGUUGAUAUUUCAGAAUACCAAGAAAGGAAGAGUUCUCAUGCUCACAACAAAACCCAUAGGAGGCGGUUUCCUUCUAUAGUGUAUCAAGAUCCUUAUCAAGUUUCACUACAAUACAUGGAAAAACACCACAUUCUGCAAAUAUUCCAGCAGAUCACUGAAAACUUAGUCUAUGAAAGGCCAGAGGAUCCCCUGAGUUUUAUGCUGUGCCAGAACAUGAGGAAGGGACCUGAUAACAACAUUCACAAUAACAUUGACGUUGAUGACUCAUGA